AUGGCUUUGCUAGUAGACAAGCUGCGCCCGAAGACGCUUGAUCAACUUUCAUAUCACCCUGAGCUCUCCGACCGUCUACGGUCAUUGGCUCAAAGCGGGGAUUUUCCCCACCUAUUAGUCUACGGCCCAUCUGGCGCUGGAAAGAAAACACGAAUCAUCGCGACCCUGAAGGAAUUAUACGGACCAGGAGUGGAAAAGAUCAAAAUUGACGCCCGAGUCUUCCAAACGACCAGCAACCGCAAGCUAGAAUUUAACAUCGUUUCCUCGGUUUAUCAUCUCGAGAUCACUCCCGCUGAUGUGGGUACCUACGACCGAGUUGUAGUGCAAGAAUUGUUGAAGGAGGUUGCCCAGACACAACAGGUCGAUCUUUCAGCGAAGCAGCGGUUCAAGGUGGUCGUCAUCAAUGAAGCUGAUCACCUCACUCGCGAUGCCCAGGCUGCGCUAAGACGCACAAUGGAAAAAUACAGCCCAAACUUGCGUUUGAUUCUCUUGGCGAACAGUACCUCAAAUAUCAUUGCCCCCAUUCGAUCUCGAACCCUGCUGGUCAGGGUUGCUGCGCCUACAGAAGACGAGAUCUGCACCGUGCUGCAAAAUGCGGCAAAGAAGGAGAAAUGGAUUGAAUCGGAGGGACUAAACAAGAGGAUUGCCAAGGAGAGUGGACGGAACUUGCGCCGUGCGCUCCUAAUGUUUGAGGCUAUCUACGCACAAAAUGAAAAAGUCAACGACAAAACACUCAUCCCUCCCCCAGAUUGGGAGGCACUUAUUUCAACCACUGCAGAUGAGAUUUUGAAAGAGCGAUCUCCAGCAAGGCUUCUGCAAGUCCGCGCACGGCUUUACGAUCUCUUGACCCACUGCAUUCCUCCGACUACAAUCCUCAAAACUUUGACAUUCAAGCUUGUUGCACAGGUCGAUGACGCGCUCAAGCCCGAUGUGAUCAAAUGGUCUGCAUUCUACGAACACAGAAUCAAGCUUGGAAGUAAAGUGAUUUUCCAUCUCGAGGCUUUCGUGGCCAAAUUCAUGCGCAUUUACGAGAGUUACUUGAUGGGUAUGGACUUUAACUGA